GGUUAUUUAAAGAAGGGGGGCCGAGCGCAGGGGUUGGAAGCGGACCGAUUCCUCACUCGGGCUCUGUCUCGCUCUUUCCCAGGGAGCAAUUGCCGCCGCCUAGGCACCGCGUCCUUCUCCUCGCCCCCCUCCUCGUCCCCCCUUUUCAUUCCCGCUCCAACGCCAUGGAGCCAGACACCGUUGCAGUGGCAGCCACCGUGGCAGCCCUGGAUGAGAGCGGCGCGAUCGUGGUCCUAGAGGACGAUGAGCCGGGGCCGUCCACCUUCAAGGAGGAGGGAGCGGCCACCCUGGCCGCGGGGAGCGCGGAGAAGGGCGACAAGAAGAAGGAGAAAAACGUUUCUCUGUUUCAACUCAAACUUGCUGCUAAAACUUCUAAGUCUGAAAAGGAAAUGGACCCAGAAUAUGAAGAGAAAAUGAAAGCAGACCGAGCAAAGAGAUUUGAAUUUCUACUGAAACAGACAGAACUUUUUGCACAUUUCAUUCAACCUUCAGCACAGAAGUCUCCAACAUCUCCUUUAAACAUGAAAUUGGGACGUCCGAGAAUAAAGAAAGAUGACAAGCAGAGCUUGGUUUCUAUUGGAGACUACCGCCACAGACGCACAGAACAAGAAGAAGAUGAAGAACUACUUUCAGAGUGUCGGAAAACAGCAAAUGUUUGUGUUAGAUUUGAGGUAUCACCUUCCUAUGUGACAGGAGGACCACUACGAGAUUAUCAAAUUAGAGGGCUGAACUGGCUGAUCUCUUUGUAUGAAAAUGGAGUCAAUGGUAUUUUGGCUGAUGAAAUGGGUCUUGGAAAAACUUUACAAACAAUUGCUUUACUCGGUUACCUGAAACAUUAUCGAAAUAUUCCUGGACCUCACAUGGUUUUAGUGCCAAAAUCUACUUUACACAACUGGAUGAAUGAAUUUAAACGCUGGGUCCCAUCUCUUCGUGUUAUCUGUUUCGUUGGAGACAAGGAUACAAGAGCUUCUUUUAUUCGUGAUGAAAUGAUGCCUGGAGAGUGGGAUAUUUGUGUUACUUCUUAUGAGAUGGUAAUUAAAGAAAAAUCUGUAUUCAAAAAGUUUCAUUGGCGAUACUUAGUCAUUGAUGAGGCUCACCGAAUAAAGAAUGAAAAAUCUAAGCUUUCAGAGAUUGUUCGUGAGUUCAAGUCAACUAACUGCUUGCUUCUCACGGGAACACCUUUGCAAAAUAAUCUGCAUGAACUCUGGGCAUUACUCAACUUUUUAUUGCCUGAUGUCUUUAAUUCUGCAGAUGACUUUGAUUCUUGGUUUGACACUAAAAAUUGCCUUGGAGAUCAGAAACUCGUGGAAAGACUUCAUGCUGUUUUAAAACCAUUCCUGUUACGUCGUAUAAAAACUGAUGUUGAGAAGAGCCUGCCUCCUAAAAAGGAAAUCAAGAUUUACUUGGGACUAAGUAAAAUGCAGCGAGAAUGGUAUACAAAAGUCCUGAUGAGAGAUAUUGAUGUCUUAAACUCUUCUGGCAAGAUGGACAAGAUGAGGCUCUUAAACAUUCUGAUGCAGCUUCGGAAGUGUUGUAAUCACCCAUACCUAUUUGAUGGAGCUGAGCCUGGUCCACCUUAUACCACUGAUGAGCAUAUUGUCAGCAACAGUGGUAAAAUGGUGGUUCUUGACAAACUCUUAGCCAAACUCAAAGAACAGGGUUCAAGAGUUCUCAUUUUUAGCCAGAUGACACGCUUGCUAGACAUUUUGGAGGAUUAUUGUAUGUGGCGUGGUUAUGAGUAUUGUCGACUGGAUGGACAAACGCCACACGAAGAAAGAGAGGGAGCAAUAGAAGCCUUCAAUGCUCCUAAUAGUAGCAAAUUCAUCUUUAUGCUGAGUACAAGGGCUGGAGGACUUGGAAUUAACUUGGCAAGUGCCGACGUUGUCAUACUCUAUGAUUCAGACUGGAAUCCACAGGUUGAUCUGCAAGCUAUGGAUCGAGCACAUCGUAUUGGUCAGAAGAAACCAGUACGUGUAUUUCGUCUCAUCACUGACAAUACUGUUGAAGAAAGGAUUGUAGAAAGAGCUGAGAUAAAACUGAGACUUGACUCAAUUGUUAUACAGCAAGGAAGACUCAUUGACCAGCAGUCUAACAAGCUGGCAAAAGAGGAAAUGUUACAAAUGAUCCGUCAUGGAGCCACCCAUGUUUUUGCUUCUAAAGAAAGUGAGCUGACAGAUGAGGAUAUUACAACUCUUCUGGAAAGAGGAGAAAAAAAGACUGCUGAGAUGAAUGAACGUUUCCAGAAAAUGGGAGAAGCUUCUCUGAAAAAUUUUAGAAUGGACACUGAACAAAGUUUGUACAAAUUUGAAGGAGAAGAUUAUAGAGAAAAGCAGAAGGAGGAAAGGAAUCCCUUCACUGAGAGUGGAGAGAUCCAAUGGAUGAUGCUUGGCAUGGUGGAAUGGAUUGAACCUCCUAAACGAGAACGCAAAGCAAACUAUGCAGUGGAUGCCUACUUCAGAGAGGCUUUACGUGUCAGUGAGCCAAAGGUUCCAAAGGUAAAACAGUGCGAGGCUCCACGACCUCCAAAACAGCCAAAUGUUCAGGAUUUUCAGUUUUUUCCACUGCGCUUAUUUGAGCUCCUGGAAAAGGAAAUUCUUUACUAUAGGAAGACAAUUGGCUACAAGGUUCCAAGAAAUCCUGAUAAUCCAAAUCCAAUUCUGGCUCAAAGAGAGGAGCAAAAAAAGAUUGAUGGAGCUGAACCCCUUACAGCAGAAGAGACUGAAGAAAAGGAAAAGCUUCUCAUUCAAGGAUUCACAAAUUGGACUAAGAGAGAUUUCAAUCAGUUUAUAAAAGCUAAUGAGAAGUAUGGAAGAGAUGACAUUGACAACAUUGCUGGAGAAGUGGAGGGCAAAUCUCCAGAGGAGGUCAUGGAGUAUUCAGCUGUAUUUUGGGAACGUUGCAAUGAAUUGCAGGAUAUUGAGAAAAUUAUGGCUCAAAUUGAACGUGGAGAAGCAAGAAUUCAACGAAGGAUCAGUAUCAAGAAAGCUCUGGAUGCCAAAAUUGCAAGAUACAAGGCUCCAUUUCAUCAGUUGCGUAUUCAAUAUGGAACCAGUAAGGGAAAGAACUACACUGAAGAAGAAGAUAGAUUCUUGAUUUGUAUGUUACACAAAAUGGGCUUUGAUAGAGAAAAUGUAUACGAAGAAUUAAGACAGUGUGUGCGCAAUGCUCCUCAGUUCAGAUUUGACUGGUUUAUCAAAUCUAGAACUGCCAUGGAGUUUCAGAGACGCUGUAAUACUCUGAUUUCAUUGAUUGAGAAAGAAAAUAUGGAAAUUGAGGAAAGAGAGAGAGCAGAAAAGAAGAAACGGUCAACUAAAACUCCAAUGGUAAAAUUUUCAGCAUUUUCCUAACUUUUAGAUUUAACAUUGUUGGGCCAUUUAAAAAUGUGCAUACUGGAGCAGAACAUUAAAUCUGUUUCCAUUUUAGUCACAGAAAAGAAAAGCAGAGUCAGCUACUGAGAGCUCUGGAAAGAAGGAUGUCAAGAAGGUGAAAUCCUAAAGCCUAGAAAUAAAGUUUUUAAUGGGAAAUUGCUAUUUUCUUGUUCCCAUCUUCAAAUGCUAAUUGCCAGUUCCAGUGUAUUCAUGGUACUUUAAGAAAAAUCUCCUUGAUUUUGAUUUCGUGCAUAUUUUAUAUAUUUUACAAUGCUUUCUACCUGAAAUGUGUAGCUUUAUAUUUUAUGCAUUCUAGUAUUUUUGUGUACUGUAUUUUGUGCAUUUCAUGUCUUCAUCAAAAAAACCUCUCAGUCCUUGUUCUUUUGAAGCUUGUGCUGAGGUUUUAGCUUUUCUAUGUUUUAUAUGCCGCUUCUUUGAAAGAGAACCUAGAUUCUAUAGCUGUAUUAUUGUUGUUUCAUACUUUAAAUUUAUAUGGCUGUGGAAAAAUCAAUUAAAAUGAUUUGAGGAGAAAGACUUUUUCACUUCUUUGUUGCUUUCUUUUCUAUUGAGUAUGGGUUUGUAUGUGUUCCUGCAUACUGUUAUUAGCAUAAUUAUUGUUGCUUUGAGGUCAUCUAAAUAUUUUUCCCAAAGGAAUAAAGGGUGAAAAAAGAAAAUUAUUAAAAAAACUAAUAUUUGAUACUGUGCUUGCUGUCAGUAUACACUACAUUUAAAUUAUUCUCUAAAUAUUCAAGUGGGAAAAUAUAAUAAAGAAAUGUCUAU